AUGUCGGAGCACAGCAGGAGAAAGAUCACCUUCACCAGGAACGCUUCCCCGGCUGUGGAUCCUCCCGCAGUCAAUGAGGGACAGGGAGGCUAUCCGAACCGUGUCAGCACGACCAGGUUUACACUAGCGACGUGGCUUCCAAAGUCGCUCUUUGCACAGUUCCAGCGUGUGGCCAACAUCUACUUCCUCUUCGUGAGUGUCAUCGUCUGCAUUCCAGACGGUCCGAUGGCAUGGCCGGCAACCGUGCUGACCUUCUUGGGAGUCCUGCUCUGGACUGCCUUGAAGGACCUCUACGAAGACAGAAGACGGAAACGCGAUGAUGAUGCAGAAAAUUUGCGGAGAUGUAUGCGAUACAAUGCACGGAGUUGCAGCUUCGAGGAGGUUAACUGGAAGGAUGUGCUUGCUGGUGACAUCCUGCUUAGCUUUGCUGACGAGGCAUUUCCAGCCGAUGUGCUGCUUGUGCGAGCGGCUGGAGGGCAGGCAUUCAUCUCAACGGUGAACUUAGAUGGUGAGACCAACCUCAAGGAACGACGUGCCGCGGACCUGCUGUCUGCCAUCACCGACAUGCCUGAGGCAGUAGAAUCGGGAAUCGGGCCGCUAACGCUCGUCAAGUUCAACUAUGAUGGCGACUUCUUCAUCACAUGCGGAAAAGAUGGCGAAGUGAAUCUCAUUAGAACUGAGACCUGCGAACGAGUUGGGACGUACAAUCCUCCCGGCGAGAAGGCUGGUGCAGUUUUUGCUGUGGAUGUGACGAUGGACAGCACGUAUGUGGUUACGGCCAAUGCAGAUGGAAAGCUGUGCUUCUACACCUUCAAGGGGGAGCACGUCUCUGCCAUCAACCAUGGUGGUGUCUUGAAGUACGUCGAAUGGAACCUGAAGCCGGGCGAUCAAAACAUGGUGUGCACAUGCAAUGACAAAUUCAAGAGUCAAUCAGAAGGCUUGGUUCCAAACAGGAUUAUGAUCUGGUCCUUCGAUCCUCCUCGGCGAAUCCUGUCCAUCGAUGACCAGCUUCCUAUGAAGGCCACGAAAGUCAAGUGGGGAGCUUUCGAUGAAACACUAGUCUCCAUUUUUGAGGAAGGAACUGUGAUCGUAUGGGACUCCUCGGACGGAAGGCAGCUGCAGCUCAUUCAGGCACACCAGAUGGCCGUCACAAGCAUGAAUUUCACGGAAGACAGAAUGAUCAUGGCGACCUGCUCCAAGGACGCUACAGCGAAGCUGUGGACGCUGGAUGAUUACGAAUGCAUCAAAGAGUACAAGACAGACAGACCAUUGAACGAUGUCGCCAUCUCACCUUUGUACUGCUCGGAGAAUAACUGCAAGAUGCACUUGCUGAUGGGCGGCGGGCAGGAUGCAAAGGAUGUAGCAGUCUCUGGGGCCAGCGGCGCUUUCGAGGCUUUGCUGUGGCAUAUGGUCUACGAGGAGGAGAUUGGAUCUGUGAAAGGACAUAUAGGUCCAUUGAACUCGAUAGCAUGGUUCCGAGACGGCGCCGGUUUCGUGACUGGCGGCGAGGCCUGCAUGACCGCAAAGCAUUUGCAAGAGGAGGGCUUGCAGGUGGAGCUGGAUGUGCCUAAGGCAGUCCUUACUGAUAUGGAUGGGUCGCUCGAACUGAAGAGCGCAUCGUCAACGGCGCAAGCUAAGAUGCAAGAGGUGGAGGUCAAAAUUCCAUGCAAGCUUGGCUACGAACUUUUCGUGCCGCGCGGGUGCGUCCUUCGAAAUACAUUGUAUGUUAUCUCAAUAGCCGCAUUCUGUGGACCACAUACAAAAACAAGGAUGAAUGCAGCGCAAGCAGUGGGCAAGGUCUCGAACAUGCAGGUGUACCUGAACCGCGGAGUCCAGGGCCUGGUAGUUGCGCUCGCAUUGUGGUGCACCUACUGCACCAUCGCAGGGGAAGUGCAGGGCGAGACCGAAAAGCAUUGGUUCCUGCGCUUCCUCUUCUACUGGAUCAUCCUCUAUCAGAUCAUCCCCGUGAGCCUUUACGUUUGCUUUGAGAUUAUCAAGCUCUCUCUGGCGUUCCAGAUCAACAGGGAUCCCAGCAUGGUGGACCUGAGGACGCAGCAGCCUGCAACGGCCAGAACAGCUGAUUUGGUCGAAGAAAUGGGCCAGGUGAAUUUCGUGUUUUCAGAUAAGACUGGCACCCUCACAGAAAACGAGAUGGUUUUUGCACACUGUUGUGUUGGUGGAAAAGAUCUCGGAGACUUCCGAAAAGGUGGAAAGCUAGAUAUACAGGAGGAGGCCGUUGGUGUGGCUGAAGCGAAGAGAGUGCUUGCAGAUCCUGCCGACCCACUGCACUCCGAGGCGCUCUGGUUUUUCCUGAACCUCGCCACCAACCACUCCGUGCAGGUUGAGACAGGGGCGAACGGCAAGAAGACCUUUGAAGGGAGUUCCGCUGACGAGGUGGCUUUUGUGGAUGCCGCUAAUGCGGUAGGCGUGACCUUCGCCUCCCGCACGCGGCUAGCUGGAACGAGCCAUACAGAACUCGUCGUGAAAGGACCAGGGCCGCAAGAAUUCACCUUCACAAACGUUUGCGAGAUACCUUUCACUUCGGAUAGAAAGCGCAUGAGUGUGAUUGUGAAGCACGUCGGCGAGUACUGGUGCAUGUGCAAAGGGGCCGACAACAUCAUGGGGCCCUUGUGCUCCCGCCCACUGGACGGCACGCUUGGUGAGAGUUUGACCCAGUACUCCAAGCUGGGCCUGCGAACUCUUGUUAUCGCCGCAAAGAAGAUGGACCUGAGCUUCACCGAAGAUUGGCUCAGCCGCUGGAAAGAUGCGAGCCUCGAGUCCGAGGACCGCGAGAAGAAGCUGGCUGAAAUCGCCGCCGAAGUGGAGCACUCCUUGGAGCCAGCAGGAAUCACGGCCAUCGAGGACAAACUGCAAGAAGGCGUACCCGAAGCCAUCGUCUCCAUCAAGGCAGCAUCCAUCCGGUUCUGGGUCCUGACGGGAGACAAGACGGAAACGGCGGUGGAGAUUGCAAAAUCUUGCCGCCUCUUCACCCCAAGCAUGACUCUUGCUUACUUGGUGAACUGCAGCAGCGAGCAGCAAGCGUUGAGCUUGUUGGAGGAAGCCAAGACAAAGUUGCAAGACUUGACUGAUGGAGGGCUCGUGAUCGACGGUACCUUUGUUCAGCAGGUCCUGAGUUCUGCCAAUGGCCGGCCGAUGUUGUAUGAGCUUGCGAUGUCCAGCACAUGUUGUGUGUGCUGCCGUCUGUCUCCACAGCAGAAACGCCGUCUGGUGGAGUUGGUGAAGGACAUGAACAGGACCGGAAUUACCUUGGCAGUUGGCGACGGGGCGAAUGACGUGCCGAUGAUUCAGGGUGCCCAUGUCGGGAUAGGCAUCCGCGGCAAAGAAGGCAAUCAGGCCGUGCAGGCCAGUGAUGUGGCAAUUUCGCAGUUUCGCUUCCUGGUCCCGCUGUUGUACUGCCACGGAAGACGGGCAUACCGCCGUGUGGCCACAUUCAUCUGCUACAUGUUCUACAAGCACACCACUUUGGCUGUGGGCGACAUUUUCUACGCACAUCAGAUUGGGUUUGUGCCUCAGAUCGCCUAUGCCGAGUGGCUGAACUCAGCGUUUGCCUCUGUUAUCUGUGGCUUGCCGGUGCUGGUGGUGGUGAGUCUGGAUACUGACAUACCAGACGAGGUGUCUGUUGCAUCGCCGGACUUGUACAUCGAAGGGCUACAGCGAAUGCGCUUCAAUGCCCCUUUGCUAGUGGCAUGGGUGUUGAGUGCCUUCUACCACGGUGGGGUGUCCUGGCUCAUUCCGAACUUGACCGUGGGAUCUGUGGACGAGGAGGAUGGAUGGGAGUUCUGGUAUUCAUCAUGCAUUUCAUUUUGCCUGGUAGUGAUUUUCGUCAACUUCCGGUUGUGGAUGGUUGCCGAAAGUCCGUUCUCAAAAGAGACGGUUGGAAUCAUUGUCUUCUCCUUCCUGUGCUUGGCCGUAACGUUGGCCGUUUUAGCUGAAACUCCUUUGGGCACGGACAUGAUGCAACCGAAGAUCGCAGGAGCGCUGAGCGCAAUGUUGACAGAAGCUCGCUAUGCAGCGGUUCUGUUCCUUACGCCGCUACUGCUGCUCCUGGACCUGGCUGUUUACCAGGCAAUCGCUUACUUCAACCCUUAUCCGCUGACAGCUGCAAAGAGGAAACUGUGGUGGAGCAAGCGACAAAAGAAGGAUGUCCCUGACAGAAAGUAG